GCCACCUCAUCAGAAUCGCCGUUCCUCAAGUCGAUGGGCCAGCACCUGGAGACGGGCACGCUAGCGGCGGCGGCCUCCUACCUGGAGUCGCACCCGGCCCAGGUGCAGAUGCACGCCAUGGAGCUGAUCGACGCCGUCAUGAUCCGGCUGGUGGACCAGGCGGCUGACGAGGACCUGCUGGACGGCUGCGUCGCGCUGCUCUCGGCCAUCGCGCGGCUCGCCAACCGCAAGGAGGCGCUCAUUUGCCUGCUGGAGAAGGGCGAGAUGUUCAAGGAGGACGUCUGCUUUAAGGCGCUGCUGCCGCCGCUGCAGAUCGUGCUGUGUCGUGAGCCGACCAAGCGCGGCUCGUCGCUGGCAUGGGCCCUCAGCACGCUCUACACGCACAUCGCGUCGGUGCCGCUGCCGCGUCAGUACGCGCUGGAGGGCCGCGAGCGACUGCUAAUGUACCACGACCCGGACGUGGUACGCCACACUGAGCUGCAGUGCGCACUCACGCCCUUCUUUCGGCCGUUCGUCGACGAGAUAUCGCCGCUGCGCACGGCCGAUGCCGGCACGGCGGCCGGCCUGCGCGCGAGAGAGCUGCUUUGCUGCUAUCUGUUCAAGUGUCUGGACCGGCCGCUGGCCUUCCUCGACCUGGCCGCGUGCGGCGAGUGCGUGCCGGAUGUGCGGCGCAGUGCCGAUCAGCUCAUGGCGUACGUCGGCGCGCUACAGUCCAAUCCGCUGCGCCUCUUUGCGCUGCUGUCGGCGGCCAAGUGCGCACGCACCAGCGAGGACGAAGAGGAGCGCUUCGACGAGGGCAGCCUUGACUGGCGCCAGGAGCUGCGCGUCUCCAGUCUGGCGCUUGGCACCUACAUGUACAUGCUGUGCGCCGAGCAGGUCACGCUGAAGACGGCACCGGCCGUGCUCUGUCCCGCCUACGUUACGCGCAUCUCGCUGCCGCUGUGCGUCACGCUGCUGCGCCGUCGCGAGGAGUGCGCCGCGCAUAAGGGCGCACUGCUACUGCGCGCGCUGCUGGCGCGGCUGGCACCCGGCCUGCUGGGCGCGCGCCAGCUGGACGCGCCGGCGCACACCGACCUCACGGCCGCGCUCAUCAACGUGUCCGUGUUCAGCCAGGUGGGCGAGCUGCGCGCGCUGUGCGUGCGCCUCCUCACCGACUACGUGGCGCGGUUCUGUGCGCACGGCCGUUUCCUGGUACUGCGCAACCUGCUCAACUCCAACCACAACCCGAGCGUGCUGGCCUUCGUCACCGGCCUGCUGAAGGAAAACAUUGCGGUGGCGCUGAGUGGGCGGCGGCGCUGCUCCUGGUUCUCGGCGCCGGCUGUGACGCCGCUGGUGCGCGCCGCCUGCCGGCUGCAGAGCGGCCCCACCACCGACCUGCUAGAGAACCACAACCAGCUGAUGGCCGCGCUCAACCUGCUGCGCUUCGUGCUGACGCGCGACAAGGAAGACGUGUGCGGCGUGCGCGCGCGCGCCGACGAGCUGCGCGCCGAGUUUCUGGGGCCGCUGCGCACGGCGCUGGACCUAUCGCGCGGCCACUUCCGGCUGCGGCUGCGCGAGCUGGCCGAGCAGGGUCGCGCGCCGCCGGGCCCGGCCGUCGAGCUGAGCGUGGGCGGCCAGACGCUGAGCGGCCUGCCGGCAGAGCAGCAGCGCCAGACGGUGGAGCUGGCGCUCACCACGCUGGACCUGAUCGGCACCGUGCUCGGCUGGGUGGGCGAGAGUCUCGGGCCGCGCAGCUAGUCCGCGCUGCCGGGCCGCCGGCCGUCGCCGCCCGCGGCAGGCGUGUGUGUGCGCUCCGCCCCGCCGCACCGCCGGCCGACCGCCGAGCUUUCUCGGCGGUCCGGACGCUGGUGGCCGUUUGUCUUGCCGUGCGCCGGCGACGGUGUUGGCGCGCGCGGUGCUUUCACUGAGCCGGCCUUUGCACCUUUCUACGUGGUGUUUAAAGGAUUCGCCGUCGUUCGCCCGAAGGGCAGUAACACGUUUGCUUUCAUAUGUUUGUUCCGCGCACUCGGCGCCUAAUAGUGAGGGAUGGAUCGUUUCUGAGCGAGUUGAGUUGCUGAAGUUGCUUCCAGUCAUAUUGGCGAAACUAACUCCUGUGGUUCUCAAGACCUACAAACCGGGCUGUCAUUUUUACUGCAUCGAUUUGGGUGAAUAUAAGUGUCAUGUUGCGUCUU